UGGUAUUGAAUAAGGAUAAGAAAUAUGACCAUUUAUGUGUGUUGAUUACCAAUUGAAAGCGCAUGGAAAUUAAUUUAAGUGAUUCAUGUGUUAAAUCCAUAGACUGAAUUAAAUUGUGGAUUAUGACGAAUCAACAAAUUUUUGUUGGACGGUUUGCGAGCCUCUGGCAGAAAGUGAUAAGACAUUUACGCAGUAUAGUCAUCGUAUACCUGCCUGGGGGUUACAGAUAACGAUGAACUCAGUGUUUGGCCUCCUUCCCCAAAUGCUGUCAGAGCUCUUGUUGGCCUUUGGUGAGGAAACUGCUUUGCUGAGUGCCAAGGUAAAGAAACCAAACUUUUGAAAACAGGAAAUAAUUGUUAUUGUUAUUACAAUUGUUAUUACAGUACUAGGCAAGAAAGUGUCAGUGGAAGAGCAUUAUUAUACAGUACCAUGACUCUUACAUUUCUGGAGUAGUUCUUACAUAGUAUGUUACUCUCUAGUUUAGCUUGAGGCAACUCCAAAUGGUGUUCCUGUUGUUCAAAAGUUCAUUACUCUUUCUGGUACAUACCACUUUGGUAUGUAUGUGUUUAUAUACAUUACAGAUAUGGUUAUGAUAUGAUAUGGUUUACAGCAUUGAGAUAUAACAUCACUUUAUUUUUAUCCAUAGUUUGCUCUGAUUUUGUGAUCACUAGAAGCCCAAUACUUGUGUUGGAAAAGCGGACAGAUAUACAGCCGUAUCUCCUGGCAUCAUCUCUGUCACACUAUGUUAAGAUGAUGUAACGAAUGGUUUCUCUAUCGGUACGCAGAACUUGGGUACUGACCGAGAACUAGGAUAAAUGUAUGCUUCUUAGGUUUUUGGUCGAAUACAAAUAUAUUUCCUAAAAAAUUAGGCUGGGUAGGAUUAUUUGUUAUGACCUUAUCAACAACGCAUAAUAAUAAAAAUGAACAGGGUCUGUCAAUAAUGCAAUAUUCUCAAUGAGCCUGAGAACAGGCAAACCUUGGAUACCUUCAAGAAAGAAAAGUUGUGCUCUAGCAGUGCUUUGAAAUAAUAUAACACAUUUAUAAUCAUAUAUAUAUAUAUGUAUGUUUGAUUGCUGCCUGUUUUUUGGAGAAUUGUCUUGUGCCAUGGAAGGGAAGAAGGAUGCCAGAGGAGAGGCCCACUUCGUGGGGAUGAGAGAGGAGUUGAUUGAGGCCAAACGCUCCCUCAGAACACUAGAGGGAAGAGAUGUGUUGGUCAUCUACCACCUGGAAACUUUCUAUGCUAUGGACUCUUACUGUUAUCAUGAGGCAGGAGCUCUGCAGACUGGUGACAUUGAGGAAUUGGGCGGCAAACUGUGCAUUAUAUGUCCAAACCACAAGUACAAGAUAACGUUGGCUGAAGGGGAGGGGUUAUACAAGUACACCGACCCCAAGGAGAAAUCCCCGGUUGCCAUGUGGCUCUCUAAAGGCCCGAAGCAGAGAGUCCACUCGAUCACCGAGGCCAACGGGGAGGUCUACGUCAAACUGUCAGAAGACCCUCAACGGCUGGAUUCAGACUUCUACCAGGGAGAGAGGGGCAAGGUGCAGAGGGCCAGCAUCGAGGCGGCCAAAGCAGCCAAAGCAGCUAAAGCCUUACAGGAGAAGAAAUCCCGAUAGUACGGAGGAAGCAAUAUUUAGGCAAUACCGAUGUUUCUAAUUGAUAUCUGUAGACGGCAUGACAAUGGUUGACAUUACUGGCUGGUAUUAACUCAUUAAUAUUGCAGGGAAGAAAACAGAUUAAUCAAUUGUCUAUGUGCUCCCAUGCAGCUAUGUUUGUUUUGAAAGUAAUCAAUAGUGAUCAUGAUGGAUAAAGACAUUCCAUAUCGGUUCAUCCCUACUUGAUAGUGAUGCUGUGGAUCUGGGAUUUGAUGAUAUUGGACAUUGUGUAUUCAUUAAUAAAUGAAGUGAAUGUUGACCUGUAUCUUUUCCCAGUAAAAUGUUCUGUUCUGCUUAAGACAUCUGCAGUUGAAAAAGUCGAAGAGUCUCGGGGUGUUGCUAAAUGCAUGGGAUAUGGAUGCACUGCCGCAGCCAGAGGAAUACCAAUAUCCCUCAUGCAUAAUGCAUUUCCCUCACCAUAAAUAAUUAUGUCUAGGAUGCUCACAAUCCACACAGCCAUAGAAGUCUCCUUGUCAUUUGAUGAAAGUAAAGGAAAUUGGGCCAUCUUGUAAUAUAAUUGGACUUAUCGAUGAGCUGGCAAAAAGAAAGCAGAGAUUGUGUUCCGGCUCUCCGGCGCCCAUGGGCUGCAACAGGCCUGUAGAGGCCCUGUUCACGAGGCAGGUACUGCGCUUUUCUCUGGUAUUCUCUGAACACAAACAAACCAUUUGACAUGUAAAACACUAUGCACACACACGCACCAGACCUAGGGCUACGGCUGAACGAGGAACAUUAAGAAUAACAAAGUUGACUUGCAGGACAAAACCAACCUGCGAAGGGGUGGGUUAGAUCAGCCACCAGAUGGACGUUUUGCAUGAGGUCAGACGGAGGGGGUCAGCGAGUAGACACAACAGCAGGUGGAGUAAUGCAGGACGCUGCUUGCUCCUGUGUUCAUGUAUUCCCAUUAUGGCCUCAGCAUGUAAGGUAGCGCAGCACAAACAGCUGUUGACGGGCCGUUUGGCCCCGGAUGACUGUGCGUCGUUCAUAAUUCAUGGCCGUUAAGGGCCGGGCGGGACUCUGAACAG